AAUAUUAUAAAAUAGAAUAUACAAGUGAAAGGGAGUCACAGAGGGAGCAGCCACUGGAACAAGCACAGAGAAUCUCAUAGACUGUCCAGCUAUGGAUCAUAACCAGCUCAGAGACGACAUUCAGAACUUCAGGCUGGACAAUUGUCCUCUGGGGAACCAGGGCUACAACCGGGUCCUACUGCAGCUGUUUGGGUAUGUGGGACAGGGCAGGUCGGCCCUCAUAAACUCACUCAAAUAUGUUCUGUCUAAAGGAAAGUAUAUAAUGCACGCAGAAUCAGGUUGUGCUAUCACUCUGGAGAGAAAAGCCUAUGAACUUACACCCACCAUCACAGUUGUGGAUAACAGAGGACUUGCGCACAUGAAUAAUUUUGAAAUGAGAACAGUUUAUGCACAGCUGGGUAACUUCAUGCCCCUUAAUGAGAAGGUAGAAUGGAGAUAUGGCUAUGAAGACUUUGUGUACAAGCUAGAGGAUGCUGACUUGGAUCCAAAUUACACAGACUUCAUAGUUCCAGUAUUUGUUCAUACUGUACAAUGUGUGCUGAUAGAAAAUGAAAAGGGAAAAACGAGAGAUAUUUUUAGGAACUGCAGAAACCUGACAGGUGUUUUCCCAAUCGUUGUCCUCACAAGCAAAACACAUGGGAAUUAUUUUGAGGUUGAGAAGAAGUUUAGAUGUUUGGGUGCAGAGAGGAUUGUGGCAGUGGAAAACUAUUUUGAAGAUGAUCAGCUACAGACACUGGGGAGAAAUACAGAUUUCCUUAUGCUCCUUAAAUCUGCUUUGGAUGAUGUCACAUUCCGAAUGGAGUAUCCAAGGAACCCAAGGGAAGAACGUAUAGAGAGGAAGAAAUUCCUGCUCAAAUAUGCCCAUGAUACUGAUGUAGCUAAGAGGGAAGAGAAACUAAAAGAAAAGGAACAGCAAACAGCAAAGAACAACAUUUGUAACAUUCAAUGACAAUUUAUAAAUUCAGAAUCCCACAAAAAAACCUCACAAUGUAUGAACAGGAAUGGGAUACAUUAUCCAGAAAUCUCCAAAUUAUGGGCAGGCCAUCUUCCAUAGACUCCAUUUUAAUCAAAUAAUUAAAAAAAAGGUUUUUUUUACUAUAAAGGUCUCACUACAGCCUGGGGCAGAUUUUGAGUGCUGAACAGGAUGAGGCCUUGGGGGAUGACAGGAGGGUACCACCCCCAGGGUCCCCCUGCUAAUGGGAGGAGGAGCUGCACAACCCCAGUUGGGGCUUCUGGGGGGGGGGGCGGCGCAUGAUAUUUGGACUUCUGAAGCAGACUAGUGGGGGAAUGCCCCGGAGCAGUGGUACAGCCAAUCCAGCACCAACUAUAACAGUUCACAGGCCAGACCAUUAAUGCAGCAGUGGAGCAUCACCUCCUUCAUGCUUAUAUCCCACAUAAGUCAUUUAUUUGCGGUGUACAUUCAGGGGCAAUCCUGGCCCAUCCAACGUCUGAGGCAGCAGUUGCAAGCCGCCCCCUCUCCCUGGCGCUUACCUUUUUGUGCCUGAGGGGGUCCAGGGGGGUCCACUAGGCGGCACAGAGGGCCAGGACGCUAUCACAGAGAUCCUAAUUGCACUCUAUGUGCUAGAAGAGCUAAAUUUCCGGUUUGAAAACCAGAAAUUCGGCUCUUAAAGCACCAGGAGCAGCAUUUUUGCUGCCCCUGGUACCUAGUGGGGCGCUGCAGCCUGAUGCGAGAGCCUCAACUUGCCUCGUUGGUGAAGCGCCCCUGCGUACAUUCUCUAGAGUGUUUUGUUCACAGCAAUUAUAUGGGGAAAAUCACUGGUGAAUGUUUAUGCCAAAAUGACAAAAUUCAGCAUAUUUCAGAAUUGGAUGCUUAACGUUCUGACCUGACAGCUGUUUAUAAUUAAGUAUGUUCUGAUGACCACUGGCUGUGUUGCUUAGUAGAAAUUUUCCGACAGACCCUUUGUUGAAAAACAGAUAGCAGCAGUUUUCAUACUUUUUGUAGGUGCUGAAAACUGUGCCCCCAACAGCCUGAUUUAUAGUGCACAUGGGAUGUUCUAUAAAAAUACACUUGAUGAAUUGAGGUGAAAUCAAUUUACACUUUAGUCGACUUGUCCCAGUUGUAUUAACACUGUAUUUAUCACGCUCUAUGCUGGGGUAUUAUUUAUUUGUAAUUUAUUCUGCCAUGAGUUGUGGAGAAACAUCAGACCUGAGAUAUCUAGCCAGGAUCUAGGGUUACAGAGGUGCCUCUCAAAUUGGUACCACUACGUUUUUGGGCAUUUAUUUUAAUUUACAUUUGUAAAUAAAGCUUAGAGCCCACUUGUCAUGCAGAUGCCACUCUAAUCCUGGACUGCAGCUUUGCUCUCCAGCACAUAUCUCUAUAUAAUACUGGGUGCUGUAUGUACAUUUACUAUGUGUAAUUUUGCUCUUUAUCAGUGUAUUUCUGCUUUGUGACAAAUCUACAACUGUUCAUACCACACAUAAGUAUUAUAUAUAUAUAUAUAUAUAUAUAUAUAUGUUUUAUUGCAAGCCACAUAUACAUUUGCUUCAUUUCAUUGUGUAUUUUGUGAACUAAGUCUGUAUAGCCCUCUUCUGCUACUGUGUGAGAUCUAACACAUUUACUGGAGUGUGGCUACGUUAGUCCUGUGCCUCCGCUAUAUGGGAGAGCAGGUACACUAUAAAAUGUCGUGCCUCCACCCAGGGUCAGGACAGACUGAACUGUAAUACCCCUCCCUGAGAAACUUAUUUGAUCUGCAAUACACAUACACACUGGGAAGGUUGAUGGAUUUAUUGGCAGGACACUAUAACUUUAAAUGACAGUGAUACAGGUAGCCUGCCAGCCAGGAGCAACUUUACUGAAAUAACACAUCUAUUGAUCUCUGAACUGCUGAGGGAAGUCCCCACUUAUGUGGCAGUUGCUUUAAAGUCCUGAGAAGCAGGCCCAGACUGGCAAUCUGUGGGUUGCAAAUGC